AUGGAGAUUUCAGAAGAGAAUUUACACACCCUCACUAACUAUUUAAUGCAGACACUAAGCCCAGAUCCCAAUGUCAGGAGACCUGCUGAAAGGUUCCUUGAGUCAAUAGAGAUAAAUAAAAAUUAUCCUAUUUUACUAUUACACCUUAUCAAUAAAGAGGAUGUCCAUUACACGAUUCGUGUCGCUGGUGCAAUCACUUUUAAAAAUUACACUCGCAGGAAUUGGCCAAUAAAUGAUGACAACUUGGAAAACAAGAUCGAUCCUGAAGACCGGCAACGGGUCAAAGAGUUGAUAGUAGAUGUUAUGUUGGUUGCACCUUCUAGUAUUCAGAAGCAGCUUUCUGAAGCAAUUGGCACUAUUGGAAAGUGUGAUUUCCCAAAAGAUUGGCCUGGGCUUCUGACAAAUAUGGUCGAGAAGUUUGCCGGAGGUGACUUCCACGUCAUUAAUGGAAUUCUACAAACUGCCCAUUCCAUAUUCAAAAGAUACAGAUAUGAAUUCAAAUCUCAAAAGUUAUGGGAGGAAAUAAAGUUUGUCCUGGACACCUUUGCAAAGCCUUUGACUGAUCUGGCUGUGGCUACGCAAAAUCUAACUCAAGUACAUGCUACAAAUCCAGAUGCUCUACGAGUGAUUUAUUCAUCACUGCUCCUCAUUUCAAAGAUUUUUUACUCUCUAAAUUUUCAGGAUCUGCCUGAGUUCUUUGAAGAUAAUAUGAAUAUUUGGAUGCCACUAUUUCAUACACUCCUUACUACUGAUGUUAAGUGUCUUCAUACUGAUGUUGAUGACGAGGCAGGUUUACUUGAGCAACUGAGGUCUCAAGUGUGUUCGAAUAUUGCAUUGUACGCACAGAAGUACGAUGAGGAAUUUCAACCAUAUCUCCAGGGUUUUGUCACUGAUAUCUGGAGUCUUCUUGUAUCAGUUUCACUUCAGCCUAAAAAUGAUCUGCUUGUCAGCAAUGCACUGCAGUUCUUAUCAACAAUUGCUGAGAGACAACAGUACCGCCAUCUCUUUGAAGACAAAAAUGUUCUCACUGGAAUAUGUGAAAAGGUCAUUAUUCCUAAUAUACACUUUAGAGACGCUGAUCUGGAACUCUUUGAAGACAAUCCAGAGGAGUACAUCCGAAAGGACAUUGAAGGUUCUGAUGUUGAAUCGCGGAGGCGAUCUUCAUCAGAGUUGGUCAAAGUGCUGGCAGGUCACUUUCCUGAAACUGUCAGGACCAUUUUUGGUGCUAGAUUACAGGAAAUGCUUGGAGAGUAUAAUAGUGAUCCAGGUAAAUGGAGGUUGAAAAACACAGCUGUGUACAUUGUCACAUCUCUAGCGGAAAGGGGUUCAACAGCAAAGCAUGGUGUUACAAAAUCAUCUGACCUUGUUGACCUUCAUGAUUUUGCUGGGCAAUAUAUUAUUCCUGAACUAAAAAAAGAAGUGAAUACGUUGCCUGUUAUUAAAGCCGAUUCCAUCAAGUACCUCAUCACAUUUAGGAGUCUUCUUGCCCCACAGGUGGUUAUAGCUGCCUUUCCUGAUAUAGUAAAGCAUCUUUCGUCACCCAGCCUCGUAGUACACUCCUAUGCAGCUUCAGCUAUUGAGAAGUUAUUAAUUCUGAAACAGAACAACCAACCACUAAUAACACAGGAGCUCCUACGACCAAUUGCUGGUGAACUUCUUACUGGUCUAUUCAAUAUUCUCAAUUUAAAAGGCUCAGAAGAGAAUGAAUAUGCUAUGAAAGCCAUAAUGAGAGCUUUCAGCACCUUGGACGAGUCUGUUAUCCCAUGCUUAGCCGAACUGCUGCCCAAGCUGACACAGAAGUUGACUAUUGUUGCUAAGAAUCCUAGUCGUCCACACUUCAACCAUUAUCUUUUCGAAACCAUUUCUCUCUCUAUUAGGAUAGUGUGUAAAAAUAACCCUGGUGCUGUGAGUGCAUUUGAAGAAGCUCUCUUUCCAACCUUCCAAAUAAUAUUUCAAGAAGAUGUUCAAGAGUUCGUACCUUAUUGUAUGCAAGUGUUGUCUCUAACACUUGCACGGAGGUCACCCCCUCUGCCUGCGCCCUAUGUUGCUCUAUACCCAUGUCUCCUGUCACCUCAACUCUGGGACAGACCAGGCUGCGUUCGAGGUCUUGUUUGCCUUCUGCGUUCCUAUGUCCGGGUCUCGUCCAACGAUGAUUUCAAUCAGACAGUUAAAGUUAACGGGCUUCUUGGGGUAUUCCAGAAGUUGAUAUCUUCUCGGUUGAACGAUCAUGAAGGAUUCUAUCUGAUGCAGUCUCUCAUAGAACACUGCCCUCGAGAACUUCUUGACCCGUUUAUGAAACAGGUAGUUCUCCUUCUCUUCCAAAGACUGACUGCGGCUAAGACAACCAAAUAUGUCAAAGGUCUCAUCACGUUCUUCUGUUUACUUGUCGUCAAAUAUGGGGCACCAACAUUUAUAGAACUUGUUGACUCUGUACAACCUCAGAUGUUCUCAAUGGUUGUAGAGAGGCUCAUUACUCCUGAUUGCCGGAAAGUAUCUGGUUCUGUGGAGAGAAAGAUAACUGUUGUUGGAUUAUGCCGUCUUGUUGCUGACUUGAAACAAGUUUUCUCUGGACCAUACUCAGCCUGUUGGCCAGCUCUUGCUAAAAGUGUGGUUGAAUUAUUAGAAGCCCCGGAGGAUGAUUCUGUUGCUCCUGAAGAUCACUUUAUAGAGGUGGAUAAUUUACCAGGCUAUGAACCAGCUUAUGUCCAUCUGACUGCAAUCGGCAGUGAUAAGCAUGAUCCUUUUCCUGAUAUUAGUGAUUUGAGAAGAGAACUUGCUAAUGGGAUCGGCAGCCUCUUCAAAGUUUCAGGACAAGUUGUCACCCAAGCUAUCGCCAACCUUGGAGAACCUUAUACUAGUCACAUCAAAAGCUAUCUCACCCUGAUAGGAGUUAUCAUAUAG